AUGCGCAGGGAUGUCGGGACCGCGCCGGUGCUCCCGCCUCCCUCCCGCACAGCUCCGUCUGCCGGGCGCGCCCCGCCACUGCCGCCGCCCAUCAUCCGGCCUCGGGGCGCGCAGGGCUUUCGGCUGCUCCUGGGGGUCCCAGGGGAAGCCAAUGACCACCUGCACCCACCAGGCACCCAGGGGAGCCAGAUCAUUGGGGGAAAGGCAGCAGCACCCCAUUCCCGGCCCUUCAUCGCCUCCAUCCAGAUGGACGGGCAGCACGUCUGCGGGGGCUUCCUGGUGUGGCCCAAGUGGGUGAUGACAGCUGCCCACUGCCUCAUUCCCAGGCGCAGCCCCUCGGUGCGCGUGGUGCUGGGAGCCCACCGGCUGCAGGAGCCCGAGGAGUCCCAGCAGAUCUUCAGCGUGGCCGAGUCCAUUGCACACCCGCUCUAUAAUCCCCGCGCUGUGGACAACGACAUCCGCCUGCUCCGGCUGAACAGGUCGGCCACGCUGAACGAGUACGUGAAGAGGAUCCGCCUGCCCUCGCCGCGCAUCGACCUCAGGCCCGGCACCGUCUGCUACGUGGCGGGCUGGGGGGACACCUCCAACUUUGGAGACCAGCCCAGCGAGCUGAUGGAGACCAACACCACCAUCGUCAAGAGGAGCCUGUGCCGGACGCUGUGGAGGGGCAAGGUCUCAGCCAACAUGCUGUGCGGGGCCAGCCGCAACGCCACGCUGCAGGGCGUCUGUGCCGGCGACUCUGGGGGACCCUUGGUCUUCAAGAACAAGGUUUAUGGCAUCGUCUCCUUCUCGGGGCAGAGAUGUGGGGAUCGACGGUUCCCCGACAUCUACACCAAGAUCUCCAACUACAUUGGCUGGGUGCAUCGCACCGUGCGGGGGUUCCGCCGUCGGAAGGGGUGGUUGAAGCCCUAGUGUGGAGUCCUGGGGGCAGGUGGGCUGUGGGAAGA